GCUGCUGAACGGGAGAUGGGGCAGCGGGCGGGGGCGUCUGGAGCCUGCGCCUGGGUCCUGCGGCUGCUGCUCGGGCUGGCGGCCGGGCGGGGCGGCGCGGCGGGGCGGAGCGCGCUCUGCAGCCUCUGCCCGGGCCCGGUGCGGACCGGCUCCAGCGUGGCCGGUUACUGCGCGGCGCGCCCGGCCUUGGAGCUGCAGGGGCGCUGCUGCCUCAGCAGGGAGCCGGAGCCAGGUGUCAUCGUGGGGCUGGAUCUGGGCAACUGCUCCCUGGUGUCCCUCUGUGCUGGGUUCCCAGAUGCCAGCACUGCUGUUGUCAUUGACCUGACUGAGAACCCCUUGGAGAACAUCCCCAACACCUCUUUCCAGGGCUUCACCAGGCUGCAGAGCAUAUCCCUGCCACGUGCCCUGGAGUGCCCUGGAGGGAGCAUGGCCUGGGACCUCAACACCACCCACGGGGACAGCCGGACCUGCCAGGGACAGAGGAACCUCUGCAACAGCUCGGGGGAGCUUGCCUGGCUGUGCCCAGAGAACUCCCAGUGCAGCCCCAACGGCCCCGGGCUCGUCCAGUGUGUGUGCUCCGGGCGCUACCACGGCUACAAGUGUCUGCGUGAGGGCACCUUUCCCCUACUGCUCUUCUAUGGGACCCUGGGAGCUGUGACGACCACCCUGUCCCUGCUGGCCUGGGGCAGCCAGCGCCGGAAAGCCAAGGCCUCCUGAGCCCCUCCUGCAGGACAGGGAAAGGGCGGAGUCUGGGCUGAGGGACCUGCACGAGGCCUUCUGCCCAGCCACUGAACUCGCCGUGGUGCCGUCUGCUGGCUCCAUAGCGUCACCUUCAGCGUCCUGGGAAUGUCCAGCUGCCUUCAGCACCCCCCGUUCUCUGCCAUGGAGGAGACCCGGCUCCUCAGCCCCAGGCAAAGCUCAUUCCCGGAGCACCCCACCUAGCCCCACCCCAGGCUCAGCUGCCCCAAUCUCUCUGCCCUGCCCCCUCAUGGUGUGUCUCCUGCAGCAAGCUUUGCGCUGAGCCUGUGGCUGGGGUAGCAGCCCCCUCCCUGAGCACAGAUCUUCUCGGAGCAGGACGUGGGCGCUGGCCUUCAAGGUCCCCCAUGGAGUGGAGGCUUCUGGGUCUGACCACCUUCCCCACCUCCCCUAAGUCACAGACCUACAGGCUUUGGACAGUGUCUGGGAGGAGCCCUACACUGCACCCAGCUGUGGGUGACAUGGGGCUUGGGGGUGGAGGGUCAGCCCCAGCUGCAGGUGACAUGGAGAUCAUGGGGGGUGGGGUCUGAUAGGUGGGGAAAAAAAACAAGGUCUCCACAGUAAAAUUCCUUCCUGACCCCCAAAAUGGGCAUUUUGACCCUGCUCAUGUGAGCAAGAUGCACCAGCCAAGCAUCUGUGAAGGACAAUUUGUUGAGCCAGCCUGGUGGGGGCCAUCUCCAGGCAUGGCCAGUCGCUGACACUGGAGAAAUAAUGCCCAGAAUACACCAGGGGAGGGCUCUGUCUUUCCUGAUGCCUGCAGGAGACCAGCUGAAUCCCUGAAGCAUGAGAUCUGGGACUCAACACACAGGACAUCGCCCGGGGCAGCUGGAGGCUCUGCGGCUCCCUGCAGCCCCCUGCAGUCGCUGCUCCCCAAGGGCUUUGCCAGCCCUGGAGCCAGGCUCCCAACCCGGGCGGCUCUUACGGGCUGCAAGCAGUCGAAGGGCAGCGGGGAGAUGAGGAGCAUCUGCAGCCCCAGGGCCUCAGGCACAACCAAGAGAAGGGGGAGCACAAGGCCACCGGUACCAUGGCUCCAGCCAGAAGAGCAGCCCCCUGCACUGCCCGGCUCUGCCUCUGACCUGGCCAAGGGGGGUGGGGCCGCAGGGGGAGACGAGGAGGCGGGGCUGGCAUUUGCUGGGGGAGGAGCAGUGGGUGGGGUCACAGAGGGGGCAGGGCCUCAUGGGGGGUGCACCCCUCCAAUUUUCUGUCUAGCCCACCUCAGCCCCCCCAGAGGGAAGAGUCUGGCACCGCCCCUGGGGGUUUGCCCAGGGUAAGGCUCAUCCAAUGCAUGGUGGGUUGGUGACCCCUGCAAUAUACCCACAGGUAGGAAACUCAGCUGCAUCACUUGUCGGGGGGGAGCUGCGUUCAUGCUUCCCCCUCAUCUUGUCAGUAAAGGCGGACGGAGCUCAGACGCUGCGCUCCGUACUCGCUCGUCUCCUGCCCUGAAGCAUGUCCUCCUGGGGGGUUCUGCACCCCUGCCUUCGGACGG